GGGGAAGGGAGGAGAAGGAGGAGGCGGGCCUUGUUUCCCUCUCCUCGCGAAUGGCAGACGCGCAGCCCCCCAGGCGACGGCGGGGCUGCAGCCCGCGCCCGCGGAGGGCGACGCCACGGCGGAGGAGCGGCGGCCCCCAGCUGCCGGGCCAGCGGCGCCGCCCCUGGCCAUGCUGGCAGUGCCGGCUGGAUAUGCUCGGGGAAGCUCGCGUGGCGAUGGGAAAUUCAGGGUGGUCGCGAAGCAGAGUGGGGUCCUUGGGGUCCACUGGUCGACCAGAGUGCAAGGUUGGAAGGUAGCGUGGGAAUUCAAUCGUGAGGGCUCCAGAAAGCAGCACGCGAAGGUCUUCUCGGUGGCUCGGUACCAACAGCCCGGGCGGGGCCCGGAGGCCGCCGAGGCGGCGGCGCUCCAGGCCGCGGUCGCCUUGCGGCGGGAGCUGGAGAGGACCGGGCAAGCGAGGGCGCCCAAGGCCGCGGAGCGGCGGAGCGGCGUGCCGGGAGUGGUUUGGAAGAAUGGUUCGAAGACCUGGUACGUCAGAUUGCAGAAGGACGUUGACGGCAAGAGGACGACCCUUCAUGGUGGAUAUUUCACCCCGAAGGACGACACGCCCGAGGAGUUGGAGCGGGCGCGGCUCCUGGCCGUCGCGCGCCUCCGUGAGCUCGAGCGGGAGCAGGGCCGCGCCACCGAGGUGCGGGAGGGGGCCGCCGCGCCGCGAGUGCAGCGCCAGAGCGGUGUCAAGGGCGUCAGAUGGGACGCUCGCGACUCGACGUGGCGUUUGAAGUACACGAUGCAGCACGGACCAGACAAAGGCCACCUCAGGCGGCCCACCUUCCGCCCGAAGGACGACUCCCCGGAGGAGGUGGAGAGGGUGCGGCUUGCCCGCCGCGCCUGCCAGAGUCUGCUCUUCUAGGUGAAUCGCACGGCGGGCGCUGCUCGAGCACGAAGCGCCGCCGAGCCGAGCCGAGCGCCCCAGCCUCUGCCCCUGUGCCGCGGGAGCGCUUCGCAAA